CCGAUCUGGUUCGAGAUGCCCUUCCCGGCUGACCCACCCCGGUACCACCCACCCAUCCCUUCCAGCACUAACCAGUUCAUCCACCGGUCAUACAUUGAGGGACUUCCGUAUAAAAAGCUUCGCGAAUUUGUUGCAAGCAGUGUAGUCCACAACUCGGCUUCAGCAGCACACACGAAGAUGAGGACUUCUCUGAUUUGUAGUUUUGUACUGGCAUUAGCCGUAACUGGCGCCAUCUCCGAGUCUGAGAAACCCGUCAAGCAACAGACGAAGCGAGGGGUGCUCGGCUUGGGAUAUGGCGGCGGAUAUGGAUCGGAUUUGGGCCUGGGGUAUGGCAGCGGAAGCAUUGGAAGCAUCGGAAGCAUCGGAAGCAUCGGUGGUAUUGAACUGGGUCACGGAGGGAUCAUCGGCGGCGGAUACGGCAGUAGUUAUGGCCUCAGCUCUGGAGGAAUUGGAUUGGCCAGUGGCGGAAUUGGACUAACCACCGGCGGAAUUGGUCUAACCAGCGGCGGAAUUGGGCUAACCAGCGGUGGAAUUGGGCUAACCAGCGGUGGAAUUGGGCUAACCAGCGGCGGAAUUGGCCUCGGUUCCGGUAGUAUUGGACUUGCUACUGCUAUCUCUCCAGUCCGCGUAGCUACCGUAACGCAACAAGUCCCUGUCCCUGUACCUCAUCCCGUUCCGGUCACCGUCAACAGACCUGUCCCUGUCCCCGUACCUUCGCCGUAUCCCGUGCCCGUCCCUCGCCCCUACCCUGUCCCGGUGCCACAGCCUUUUCACGUUGAAGUCCCGAAACCAUACCCCGUCACCGUGAACCGCCCUGUUCCAGUGCCAGUAGCACAUCCUGUCCCUGUCGCUGUGCCUCGCCCAUACCCUGUCUCAGUACCCAGACCUGUCCCUGUAGCUGUACCUGUUCCUCAACCUGUUGCUGUCCCUGUGACUCAGCCUAUAGCUGUCCCCGUACCUCAGCCUGUAGCUGUUACCUCACUUGGUCUGGGGUCUUCCAUUAGCGGCGGGUCUAUUGGUGGCCUCUACAGCUCUGGAUCUCUCGGAGGUUUAGGCUAUGGUUAUGGUGAUUCCAUUUCACUUGGAGGACUCCAUGGUGGUUCUCUUUCACUUGGAGGACUCCAUGGUGGUUCUCUUUCACUUGGAAGCCUUCACGACAGCUCCAUCUCAUUAGGGGGACUUCACGGAAAUUCUCUGAGCCUCGGUUCCAGUUAUGGAUAUGGCUCCGGUUCACUGAAAGGAAUCUACGUGCCCAGUUCACUCGGUGGACUUCAUGGCGGAAGCUACGGCUCUUCUUAUGGAUCAGGAUACGGCUACGGGCAGAGCUACAAGGGAUAGGCACUGUUGCAUUCUACGCAGUUUGGAGGGAACGAAUAUAUUGUGAUAAUUCUUCAUCUUCGUUAUUAGAUGCUAAGCUACGCCAACAGUUUAAGUAUAGUCAUUAAAUAACACAUAAAUACAACCAAAUGUAAUUUUGUACAAUAAUUUUUAUAAAUAAAUUUUUGCGUGAAAAAUA